AUGUACUUCGUGUUUUAUUCCCUGGGUGCAGAUGGAUCUAGAGUGAUGGAUACACUCAUCAACAAAGUCCUUGGUGAUACCGUUGACAUUCAAGUAGGUGUUCGCAGAGUUACCUCCCCUCGACCUCUCAACAUCAGCAACCCCGAAGAGCUGAAACAGCUUAUUGAGAGUAUAAACCUGCAGCAGCUUGUGCGCAAUGGGGAACGCCUCGGCCUGGAUCUGGACUCGGAGAGUGUUGUGAUUGUAAUACAGGUUCAUCAGAGGAUUGAGGAACUCCGGUUCCUCAUUGAAUCUUUAGAAAGGGCAAGGUACAUCAAUAAAUGUUUGGUCAUAUUUAGUCAUGAUAUGUAUUCCAAGGACAUCAAUACUAUUAUAAAUGAUAUUCAGGCGUUCCCAGUUCUGCAAAUAUUCUACCCGUAUUCCAUUCAAAAUUAUCCGUCUAGCUUCCCCGGGCAGCACCCCAAUGACUGUCCUUGGAACAUAACUUUGAUGGCGGCCCGGAAGCGGAAGUGCAACAAUGCUUAUAAUCCGGACAGUUAUGGUCAUUACAGGGAAGCCAAGGUCGCUCAGAUGAAGCACCAUUGGCUAUGGCAACUACACUAUGUCAUAGAGGAGAUCCGGAUUCUCAAAAACUUCGAAGGGACAUUCCUGAGACUCGAUGAAGACUAUUAUGUCGCAGAAGACGUGAUUUAUAUUAUACAAGAAAUGAAUAAGAUCAGAAGAUCUGAACCAGGCAAAUACAACAUGAUGAUUCUUGGAGAUUAUGAUGAAAUACCUACCUGGUCGUACGAAGGAAUGUCCAACAUUAUAAGACAACAGAAAUGGUAUGUCGGCGUCGGACGUGGAAUGGCGUUCAGUAAGGACUUCUGGCAAGACUUCAGGUCCUGUUCGCAAGUGUUCUGUACAUACGACGACUACAACUGGGACUGGGCCUUACAGGAAACUGUCCUGAAGUGCAUGACGGGAUCGCUGAACAUUCUUCAGCCUUCUGCUGGUAGAGUUUUCCAUAUAGGUUUAUGUCACGGUUUCCAUAGAAACGUGGAAGGUUGUUCUUCCAAAAAUAUUAAACGUGAAGUAACCGACUUGUUGAUAGAGAACGAGGAGUACCUGUUUCCCAAGGAGGUGUCACUGACGCAUAACCAGGACGCGGAUUUUGAACCAGGACACGCCUUCGCCAACGGUGGUUGGAAGGACCCACGAGAUCAUCGACUGUGUAAGAGCUUUCUUGGUGGGAAGGGACUUACAGAACAAACUAUUCGGUCUAUCAAUAAAGGAAUUCGAGCCUGA